AUGGCUGCCACCGGAGGCUCUCACAUCUCGCAUAGCCAAGACGAGGAUGUCAUCGAGGUUGGCACUGGAGCAACGAGUUCUGCCGUCCAUCGGCUCAAUGAGACUAACACCAAGUUCGUCGCCCUCAGCGGUGAAGCUAAGCUAGCGACAGAGGAGGAGAAGUCCAUGACGGUGCUGGAAGCACUCCGUCUUUAUCCACGGGCUGUCGGCUGGAGUGUCCUGUUCUCGACCGCCAUCGCCAUGGAAGAGAAAGUUUGGUCACCCGAGCACAAGAAGCCUGGCACGUAUCAGAUCUCCGCACCGUGGCAGGCCGGCUUGUCCAACGGCGCUCGUGUCGGUGAAAUCCUAGGACUAUUGCUCAAUGGCUAUCUGGCAGAACGCUUUGGUAUGAAGAAGACUAUGAUAGGGUCGCUCAUCCUUCUGAGCGGCUUGCUGUUCAUCCCGUUCUUUGCCCAAAACAUUGAGACGCUACAGGUAGCGACAAUUCUACUUGGCUUCCCGUGGGGUGUAUUUCAGACGUUGACAACAGCUUAUGCGUCCGAAGUCUGUCCGGUUGCUUUACGCGGCUACCUGACAACGUACGUCAACAUGAUGUGGGGCGUUGGACAGAUCAUUGCCUCGGGUGUACUGCGGUCGCUUCUGGGUCGCAAAGACGAAUGGUCCUGGAGAAUCCCGUAUGGGCUACAGUGGAUGUGGAUUCCUCCUCUACUUAUUGGACUAUCAUUUGCGCCCGAGAGUCCCUGGUGGUUGACUCGCAAACAGCGCUACACUGAUGCCAGGAAAGCGCUCCUGAAACUGACGCCAGCAAGUUCUACGGAUCAGAUCGACCAGACGCUGUCCAUGAUGCGGCACACCGACGAAGUCGAGAAGGAAAUUUCAGCUGGAACUUCAUUCUUGGACUGCUUCAAAGGCGUCAAUCUCAGACGUACAGAGGCGACUUGCAUCGCCUGGGUCAUACAGGCUUCUUGUGGUGCGAGCUUGAUUGGCUACAGCGCGUAUUUCUUCGUGCAGGCCGGGCUUGACACGACGGUAUCCUUCGAUUUCUCCAUUGGCAACUACGGGAUCGCCAUCACUGGAGUAUUCAUAUCCUGGUUUGCCAUGACCUACCUGGGCAGACGCACUAUAUACGUGGGCGGAUUGGCAUGUUGUGUUACAGUGAUGUUCACAAUUGGCUUCGUCAAUCUGGCACACACGACAGCGGCCAGCUACGCAACGGGCUCCUUGAUCCUUGUGUUCACCUUGACGUACGACAUCACGGUCGGCACACUAGCAUACAGCUUGGUCACUGAAAUACCGUCAAGCCGACUGCGGACAAAGACCAUCGUUCUGGCACGCGCACUGUACAACUGCCAGGGAAUCAUAAAUGGUGUCAUAACCCCCUAUAUGUUGAAUCCAGACUACUGGAACUGGUCUGGAAAGGCUGGCUUCUUUUGGGGCGGGCUAGGCAGUGUGUACCUUGUCUGGGCUUACUUUCGUUUACCAGAGCCGAAGGGCAGGACAUAUGAGGAGAUCGAUGUUCUAUUCGAGCAGAAGGUGUCAGCCCGAAAGUUCAGUACUACCAAGCUCGACUUGUUCCGCGUGGACAAUCAGACAGAGCUGGAGACAGUGGCAGAACAGAAAGCAGAGUAG